GGGCAGGGGGUGUGAUCAAACAAAAAAAAAGACCGUUUCUCCACAAAGGGGCCUGUUUGUACCCUGCCUGGCAGUUUAAAUAUCACCUGUUGGAGUGUGAGACGUGGAUUGAAAGUGAACGGUGGGGAUAUGUUUGACUGUCUUAUCUAGGAUGGUGUAACCCAGUGUUUUGUUAUUAGUUUUGGGGGUACUCAGACUGUGUGUGUGUGUGCGUGUCUCGGACUGUGAUCCAGACCGUGUUGUGAAGUAUUGACUGUAAGGGAUAUAUCUUAAUGUUUCAGUUCAUUACUGUUUUUUUAACUUUAUCCAUAUCCUCGCAGCACAGAAGUUUUUCUCGUCUUCUCACCUUCAAUUUAAUGUGAUGCAAAUCAGCUGUGAUUUUUAAUGAACUCUGUUUUUUUCUCUCUGAUCUCUCUUCUUUUUUUUUUUGGUUAAUGCUCAGCUGUUUUGAUGUACGGGUCUUGUGGUGACUAGCAUUGAAUGAAUGAACGAGUAUGUAAAUUCAUUCAUGUGUGCGCUUGUCGUCCCGUGAACUAUUAACAGAUGUGUGAAACUUCUUUAUUUUUUUCCUUAACUUCAGUAUACAAACGGUGAACCAGUCUAUUUUUUCCUUGUAAUUGUGGUUAUAUAUGAUAAGGAACCUUUCAGUCACACAAAAGACCGACCGCCUGGAGUGAUUCAACAGGUACUGGGGUUUUUAUACGGUGCAUAUGAACUGCUCUUGGAACCUUCUCCAGUCAGGAUGGAGUUUUUUUAGUGCGUACGUGGAGGAGAUGUGAGAGAAAUUCAGGGGAGUAAUUGCACUCGGUGCAGUGGGUAACUAGUGACAGGUUGUUUAUCGCAUGGAGUGUAAGUCCCUAGCUAUCUUACUCAGCAAACACACAGACAGGUUCACUGGGAUAUCACAGUGUUAUUUGGGGCCCGAUUCUUGCCAGUAUUUAUAUAUAUAUAUUAUACUGACCGUGUUUUCUCAGUACAAAACGGAUAGGUGUCUCUCUGACGCCGAUCAGUGUCGUCAUUAUCAGUGAAAGUCAUGAGUGUCCGACACUAGUUAAUCAGUGAAUUUAUUACUUACUCUAACGGCCCGAUUGAUGGCAAAUCGCCCUGAUGUGGUAACAAGGCUUUAUCGGAGAUUUUAACGAUGGAUAAAUGUCUCCCGGUGAUAGACCUGUUCAGCAAUGGACAAAGGGACAGUGGCUCGGUCUCGGAGGAUGUUUCCUCCCCCAUUAUCUGGGAGGACAUGAGUGUGUUCUACCUCCGACAGCUGGCGUCUAGCUUACAGGACCAUGAUCUUCAGCAGAAGAUCGACCAUGAAAUCAAAAUGCGGGAGGGGACCGCCAAAUUGUUGGCGGCAUCCAAACACCCAGCCCAGAUGUUGGAGGCGGCGAAGAAUCUGCUGACGUCCAACACGAGGAUAAUGACAUACAUGACGGAACUUCAGCGCCGCAAGACGGCAGAAGUCCUCGGCAAAAAUGUAUCGACUGUUGGAAACCAGUUACCAUGUAAAGCCAAAGUCAGUGUUUCUGAUAUCAGAAUUCCACUUAUGUGGAAAGACACAGAUCACUUCAAGAACAAAGGAGAUUACCGUCGAUAUGCUGUUUUCUGCUUGCUGAGAAUCGGAACAGAUAUAUACGAGACUUCCAUGCUGAGCAAUGUGGAUCGCAGCAUGACAGAUCUGACCUUUGAUGACAUCAUGGUUUUUAAUAACGUUCCCCACGACUUCACCGCUAAAUUCGAGGUGUAUUGUCACAAGCUUCACGAGGAUCUUACAAUAGCCAGCACACCCAAGAAGCUCCGCAAGAAGAUCAACGAUUUGUCAGGCUCUGUCGGACGCAGUGUCGGAAAACGCCUCUCUGGACUGAAUGACACAGACAUCAUUGGCAACAUGGUGCUGGGCCCUAGAUUUGAGCUGAUGGCCAGUGGUACCCUAGAGCUGAAGGAUAUCGGUGAUUCCAUCGGAAACUAUGACCUCCAGUUGACCUCUGGUGCAGAUGUCACAACCUGUGAGCUCCCUCUGUUCGGCGUUUUCUGUCUAAGACUAGCCUGUCAGCCAGAGUGUCUCGUGGAGCCUGUUGCCACUGGCUACCUCAAUCUUCUGGAUGAGGAGAAAGUCAAGCCUUACUGGUGUGUGUUAAAGAACCUCUCCCUGGCCUGCUGGUCCUCAAAGGAAGAUAUGGAGGUCACAGAACCACUGCUGCAAAUUCCUGUUACCAAGAAUACUCAAAUUAGUGAUACAGAUCCAAGCAGAAGUAUGGGAACGGAUCAUACAAUUCACAUCAUGACCAAACAGCACCCCAGGUCCCUGGAGUACACACUGGCAGCCCAGUCUAAAGACGAGCUCAAUAAGUGGUGGGAUGGCCUACAGCAGCAUCUACUUGACCAAGCAUUGUGGAAGCAUGCCUGUGAUUACCUCAUGGAGAUCAGAUCUCCGUCACCUCGCAAGAAGCCCGCCUUCUUACGGAAAUCCUCCAUCUACGAUGACACACCUCUAUCAGACAAAGCCACCCAACGCCCAAGCAGUGUUGUAGGGGAAUUAAAGAAAGAAGAAGAUCAGCUCAGCGAGAUGUUGAAUACUCUGAUGGGAGAGGCCAAGCAAAUCAGGGGAGAAAACUCAUACACAACAACAGUGUAACCAAUAGGAGUUGUUUCCCUUUUUCGAACUGACAAAAAAAAAAUACAAAACCCAUUCCUUACAGUACACCGUGUUGUGUUCACCAGGAACAAGUGAAGUGCUAUGUAUAGGAUCAUAUGUAAACCAGAAUAAUACUCCAUACUCAUGUGUAAUGUGCAAUCCAUUGUCUGAUAAUCCACAAAGCGGACGCUCUAAACCUGCACACUCUAGUGCUACUGAUGAGUUUGGUAUUUAAUGUACAUAUAAACCUGUAUAUCUGUAGAUCGUGUUUGAGUGAAUGGAAGAAGUUUAGCAUUGUGCGGUUGUUUUUUUUGAGAGCAGCUUUCAUUCUGCUGAGGACCAAAGAGUUAUCUUUCCUAGAAAGGCAUUCUUUUGUAUUGGAACUUGGUUUCUUUUUUAUUUUUCCCUCUUGAGGGAAAAACAGACAUAAAUAAACUAGUCAGAAUGUUAUAUCAAGGCAGCUUAUUAUGUAAUUUUUAGAAGCUAGGAAAAAUGUUUCAAAUUUCGAGGGGAAUAACCUGAUAUAAAUUGCUAUAUUUAGAAUACAAGUGUAGAACACAGGAAAUUUUUUAAUUAUUUAUACAUGAUUUUUUUUUAUGCUGACUGCUCAUAUUUUAAAUAGAUUUUUAAUGUUUUCUUAAACUAGGAAAUGUUUUCUUUUAGAAUUUGUUUUAGAAUUUUUUUUAUUAAGAAGUACCUCUUUUAUUGGACAAUUCACUGAGGAUCAUGUCCUUGCUAGUUAUUGUCUGUUAUGGUUAAUACAUGUGAUUGAGUGAUGUCAUGUGUUUUAUCAUCCUCAGGUGUUAUAAGUCUGCCUUUCUCUGUGUUUUUUUUGUGUGUUUGUGUAUGCCAGUAAACAUCUGUACAUAUAUGUAUAAUGUAAAACUGCUUAUGAAAUACCUGUGGAAAUCUUACCUUCCAGGUUCUGAUAUUUGAUCUUCCAUUUUUUUUCCUCUUUCUUCCUCUAUCUUUAUUUUCUCUUGGCUGAAAAUCAAAUCUCCACUUUUAUUUAAUGAUACAAUGUAAACUGGAGGUAAUAACAUCUAAUCUGAAUAAAUGCAUUGAAAAGAG